CGGGAGUGAGGCUGCGGCGAGCGAGGCGCUGACAGGGACCAGCGGGGGCAUCUAGCACACCGACCCCUGGACCACGCCGCCAUCGCAGCCUCCCGCCCAGUCCUCUCUCCGCUGCUUCUCCUCGCCAUGGAGGCGAGGCCGCCGCCGCCGCCGCGGGGCUUCGAGCAGCGGACCGGGCGGCGGCCCUGAGGGGAGCGGCGGGCCGAGACGCCGCCACCGCCGCGGUGCUGAGGCGGAGCUGCCGUGCGCGUCCCCCGCGGUCCCGCCCAGCGCCGGGCUCGAUAGUAACUUAGGAAGGCUGUUUUGGGUUUUCAGCCCCUGCUCAUUUGGCUCCAUUGCUGUGGACCUUUGGUGAAGUAUAACUUCAUGGCAGCCAGGAAGCAAUGAGUGGAGUGACAGAGUCAGAGACAGGGACAGUAUAUCUGCCCCAGUGGUCUGUCUUUCCUGUGUUCCAGCAGGAACCCUAGCCUGCCAGAUGGACCCGUGCACCUCUGCGGUCAGCAUGGAUUCCUGGUUCAUUCUUGUUCUGUUUGGCAGUAGUCUAAUACACGUCAGUGCCAACAAUGCUACUACAGUUUCACCUUCUUUAGAAAUUACAAGAUUAAUUAAAACAUCAACAACAGAAUCAGUUAAGGAGGAGAAUAAAACUUCAAAUCCAACCUCUUCAGUAAUUUCUCUUUCUGUGGCACCAACAUUCAGCCCCAAUCUAACUCUGGAACCCACCUAUGUAACUACUGUCAAUUCUUCACACUCUGACAAUGGGACCAAGAGAGCAGCAAGCACGGAUUCUGGAGGCACUACUGUCCCACCCAAUGGAACAUGGCUUGAUAACGUAUUUACAGACGCCAGGACAGAACCCUGGGAGGGGAAUUCUAGCACGGCAGCAACCACUCCAGAGACCUUCCCUCCUGCAGGUAAUUCUGACUCAAAAGACAGGAGAGAUGAGACACCAAUUAUUGCAGUGAUGGUGGCCCUGUCCUCUCUGCUAGUAAUUGUUUUUAUUAUCAUAGUUCUGUACAUGUUAAGGUUUAAGAAAUACAAGCAAGCUGGGAGCCAUUCCAAUUCUUUCCGACUGUCAAAUGGCCGCACAGAGGAUGUGGAGCCCCAGAGUGUACCACUUCUGGCCAGGUCCCCAAGCACCAACAGGAAGUACCCACCACUGCCUGUGGACAAGCUAGAAGAGGAGAUUAACCGAAGAAUGGCUGAUGACAAUAAGCUCUUCAGAGAGGAAUUCAACGCUCUCCCUGCUUGUCCUAUCCAGGCCACCUGUGAGGCAGCCUCCAAGGAGGAAAACAAGGAAAAAAAUCGAUACGUAAACAUCCUGCCUUAUGACCACUCUAGAGUACACCUGACACCAGUUGAAGGGGUUCCAGAUUCUGAUUACAUCAAUGCUUCAUUCAUUAAUGGCUACCAAGAAAAGAACAAAUUCAUUGCUGCACAAGGACCAAAAGAAGAAACGGUGAAUGAUUUCUGGAGAAUGAUCUGGGAACAAAACACAGCUACCAUCGUUAUGGUGACCAACCUGAAGGAGAGAAAGGAGUGUAAAUGUGCCCAAUACUGGCCAGACCAAGGCUGCUGGACCUACGGGAAUGUCCGUGUGUCUGUUGAGGACGUGACUGUGCUGGUGGACUACACAGUACGGAAAUUCUGCAUUCAGCAGGUGGGCGACGUGACCAACAGAAAACCACAGCGCCUCAUCACUCAGUUCCAUUUUACCAGCUGGCCAGACUUUGGGGUGCCUUUCACCCCAAUUGGCAUGCUCAAGUUCCUCAAGAAGGUGAAAGCCUGUAACCCUCAGUAUGCAGGGGCUAUCGUGGUCCACUGCAGUGCAGGUGUAGGGCGCACUGGUACAUUUGUUGUCAUCGAUGCCAUGCUGGACAUGAUGCAUUCAGAGCGGAAAGUGGAUGUCUAUGGUUUUGUGAGCCGGAUCCGGGCCCAGCGCUGCCAGAUGGUACAGACAGACAUGCAGUACGUCUUCAUAUACCAGGCCCUUCUGGAGCAUUAUCUGUAUGGGGAUACAGAACUGGAAGUGACUUCUCUGGACACCCACCUACAAAAAAUUUAUAACAAGAUCCCAGGAACUAGCAACAAUGGAUUAGAAGAGGAGUUUAAGAAGUUAACUUCAAUCAAAAUCCAGAAUGACAAGAUGCGCACUGGAAACCUUCCAGCCAACAUGAAGAAGAACCGGGUUUUACAGAUCAUUCCAUAUGAAUUUAACAGAGUAAUCAUUCCAGUCAAACGCGGUGAAGAGAACACAGAUUAUGUGAACGCAUCCUUCAUCGAUGGCUACCGGCAGAAAGACUCCUACAUUGCCAGCCAGGGCCCUCUUCUCCACACAAUUGAGGACUUCUGGCGAAUGAUCUGGGAAUGGAAGUCCUGCUCCAUCGUAAUGCUAACAGAACUGGAAGAGAGAGGCCAGGAGAAGUGUGCGCAGUACUGGCCGUCUGAUGGCCUGGUAUCCUAUGGAGACAUCACAGUUGAGCUGAAGAAGGAGGAGGAAUGUGAGAGCUACACUGUCCGAGACCUCCUAGUCACCAACACGAGGGAGAACAAGAGUCGACAGAUCCGACAGUUCCACUUCCAUGGCUGGCCUGAGGUGGGCAUCCCCAGUGACGGGAAGGGCAUGAUCAACAUCAUCGCAGCCGUACAGAAGCAGCAGCAGCAGUCCGGGAACCAUCCCAUCACUGUGCACUGCAGCGCCGGGGCAGGACGGACAGGGACCUUUUGUGCCUUGAGCACAGUCCUGGAGCGUGUGAAAGCUGAAGGAAUUUUGGAUGUCUUCCAAACUGUCAAGAGCCUGCGGCUACAGAGGCCACACAUGGUCCAGACACUGGAACAGUAUGAAUUCUGCUACAAGGUGGUGCAAGAGUACAUCGAUGCCUUCUCAGACUAUGCCAACUUCAAGUAACAGGUGACACGGCCCACAGACAGGAGAAUUGCCUUUAAUAUUUUGUAAUAUUCUGUUUUGUUAAUAUACCCAAAUUGUAUAUAUCUUAUAACUGUUUUAGAAAUGGCACAUAGGCUUCUAUUACCUAUUAGGUGGAGAUUUUGUAUGUAAAUGUGUUAGCACUGAUAGUCUUUUUUCCAGUGUUUUAUUGGGGAAUUAAAUAGUGUGAUAUUUGGAUUGAUAUCAUGAAAUCCUCAGCCUGGAAAUUGGGCUGGAUUAUUCUUUUGCUUUAAACAUCUUUUCUUAAAGAAGACAAACAUAAAACUCAUUCCAGGUAGCUCGGUGCCAACUAAAACAAAGCACAAAGUUCUCAGAGCUCUUGAGGAAAUGGUCGUCUCACUGUUCCCACGCAGACCUCUCCUUCCCUGUACUGUAAAUAUCCAUCCCUCCAGUCCACCCUUGUCUCCCACCAUAUCCCAGCAUGGGGCAUAGUGAGACCAGAGCGGUAUCUCUGGCACCACACUAGGGAUCAUCAGGUAAUAAAAACUUUUGAUUCCCUUAGGAAAUGCUGGUCCCUUUGUCUUGAGCAGGGCAGCCUUAUUAGACUGGGGCUCUCCUGGGCUAGAACACUCCGUCUUCAGUCCCCUGGCCCACUGUUCUGUCAAGUGCAGUCAUCCCAGCCACCAACCAGCUUUGCUCCCCAGGACGGAUUAGGUUCUCACUGAGUUUCUCUAAGGGAAACACCAGGGGCAGAGGAGCUGGUGCAAACUUGAGCAAGCAGAGACCAGUGUGGCCUCUCUAGAGUUUCUCUCCAGAAUAUGUCUUCAGUUGUUCUCUGGAGAUGUAGUUACUUCUGUGUGUAGGUGUGGGCACACAUGCCACAACACACUACUGUUCAGGAGUUGGGUCUCCUCUCAGCUUGCUGUUGAGCAGGGCAGAUUAGUCACCUUCCUUGCUGUGGCAAGGCACCAUGACCAAGGCAACUUAUACAAAGUAUUCAAUGUGGGCCUCACAGUUCCAGGGGAGAGUCUAUGACUGACUGUCGUGGUGGGGCACGCAGUAGGCAGGCGGGAAUAGUGGAAGCAGUAUCUGAGCACCCACAUCUACCAGCACGAGGCAGAGAGAGAUAUACUAGGAAUGGCGUGGGUUUUUGAAACCUCAAAGCCCAGCCCCAGUGACCCCUGCUAAUCCUUUCCGAACAGUUCCACAGCUGGGGACCAAGUAUUUGAACAUAGGAGCCUUUGAGGGCCAUUUUCAUCUUUUUUGUUUGUUUGGUUUUUUGGGUUUUUUUUUAUUUUUUGUUCUUGAUAGGAGAACUGGACUGGGAUUAUAGACACUGCUAGAACCUAGGCCUAUGGCUGUCCAGGGCUGUUUUGGAAGUAAGACCUUGCCACUACAUCUAUCUUUUUGUUUUCUCUUUGUUUGGUUUGCUUUUUGAGACAGGGUCUCAACUGUGUAGCCUGGACUGACCUGAAACUCGCUCUGUAGACCAGGCUGGCUUUGACCUCACAGAGAUCUACCUACCUCUGCCUCCCAAGCUGUAAUUAAAAGUAUGCAUCACCAUGCCCUGCCAGUUCCUCCAUUUUCUGAUGCCAGUAUCCUGAGGAUGUAAUCGUCAUCCCAUGAUGAGAGGUAGGCCACUGCUACCAGUGUGGAACAGGAAGGAGCUCAGAAAGCAAGCAGCUUCAUUUUUACAAACAGAAGCACAAGUUACACUUUCUGUUUCCACUGACUACAACCCAGGCGUGCAGCUGCCUGGGGAUAUUUUGGAAAUCUAGCCUUCACUUGCGUUGGCAAGGGUGGCAGGUUUUCCCCACACCUCCCAGCAUCACAAGCAGGUUCUCAGCGCGGCAGGUGUUCCUGCAGACACAGAGGGCACAGAUGGAGAGUGGGCGUGCCCUCCACUCCUCAGAGGCUUCAACAGGCGUCCUAGUAUGUUCCACGGUGGCACAUUCAGAAGUAAAUGCUUUUGGGCUGCUUGGAGGGGGGACCUUAACUAAACCCAAGGGGUGCUGAGAAUUUAGGUGAGUAGAAAGGAAAGGUCAGAGCUGGGUAGUGGUGGCUCACAGAUCUCUGAGUUCAAGGCCAGCAUGGUCUCUGUAGAGUUCCAGGACAGUCAAGGCUACAAAAAUAAAAGGAAAGAUAGGAAUGAAAGGUCUGUUGAAGCCAUCAGGGGCCUUCAAAUCCAGACAGGGCUGUGAAAAGGAAACCUACUUGUGUACUAGAUAUUUAUAAUAUUGACAUCAAAGAGGAAAUGUGGGGUAGAGGCAGCUCAGUGGUUAAGAGCACUUGUUGCUCUUGCCGAGGACGUGGGAUCUGUUCCCAGUACUCGCAUAAUGGCUCAGAACCAUCUAGUUCCAGGGGAUUCUUCUGAUUUCCUUGGGCACUGGUCAAGCAAAUGAUGCACAUACAUACAUGUAGGCAAAACACUUAUAAAUAAGCCUAAAAAAAUAUUUAGACUGGGCAUGGUGGCAAAGUGCCUUUAAACCCAGCACUUGGAGUCAGAGACAGGUGGAUAUCUGUGGGCUCAGGGGCAGCCUGGUCUACAUAGUUCCAGGACAGCCAGAGCUACAGAGUGAGAGCUUGUCUAGGGAAAAAAAAAAGAGUAAAUUAAAAAAAAAAAAUUUAGUCGGGCAUGAUGAUGCAGUGCACACCUCUAAUCCCAGCACUCGGGAGGCAGAGGCAGAUGGAUUUCUAUGAGUUUGAGGCCAGCCUGGUCUACAAUGCAAGUUCCAGGACUGCCAAAGUUAGGGCUGUUGCAGAGAAGAACCCUGUCUCAAAAAAUCAAAAUGAAGCCGGGCGGUGGUGGCGCACGCCUUUAAUCCCAGCACUUGGGAGGCAGAGGCAGGUGAAUCUCUGUGAGUUCGAGACCAGCCUGGUCUACAAGAGCGAGUUCCAGGACAGGCUCCAAAGCCACAGAGAAACCCUGUCUCGAAAAACCAAAAAAAAAAAAAAAAAAAAAAAAAAAUCAAGAGGAAGAGAAAGAUGUAUGGGAGGAGAAUCCCAGAAUACUUGGAGAGCUAGGAUAGGACCACAGAGCAGCUCUACAGUGUGAGUGUAAGUCCUUGAGCGAUUCUGUCUCUAGGGCUGGAGCUCUAAAGGGCCUCCAGUACCUUAGAGCCUUGAUGUGACCAAGUCUAACAGUGGAGGAGAAUGGCUGUUGGGUCAGCAAGCCCGCAGUAAAUACAGCACUAAAUAUCAUGUCAAUAGCAGCUAUCCCAUCUAUCAACAGGGAAGGCUGCUCUUGUCUUGCCGAGGCUAGAGUGUUCUGGAUAGUGCAGCUGCUUGCUAAUAGCUGUCUUCCAGUAGGGACGACCUCGACUCUUUGUUCCCCUUCCGUAGAAGUAGCCCUCAGCCUUUCCUUCACUUUUCUUUUUUAACCAGGGCUUAAAUCCCACGAGGGACUCCUGUAUGUCCAAAGGAAAAUGUGUCUCACAUAGCCCAACUGUGGAAAGAGCAAGAGUGACCAAUUCAUCCAUGCCACUCUGGCAGAUCAGCUACAGCUGGGUCGGGAGAGGGGUCGGAAUGGAAGUGAGCAUUUCCUCCAGCACUGCCUAGAGCCCUACCACUUAGACCCUACUUCAUUGACUCCACUUUGUCACCGCUGCUCCCCAGGUCACCUGCCAUUGAAGGCAGGUGACAUUGAGAAGAAAAGGGAGCACAUUUUUGAAAAAUGUAAAUAGAAUUGGUGCACAAUCUGCAUAAAACAGGGUGAUUAUAAGUUCUUUAAAUUUACUGCAGUGUCCAGGUCAAGGGACGAAACUGGCACUUGGUGGUUCCCAGACCUUAGGAGGUGUUGUUAGAAUCCAAAGUGUGAGGUUGGAGAUGCCGCUCGGUUGACAGGAUGCCUGCUUAGUGUGUGCAAAGUCCUGCAUUUAACUCCCUGCCCUGCAUGAGCUGGUCGUGGUGGUAACACAUACAAGAGGUGGAACAGAGAGGCUCAGAAGUUCAAGACCAGCCUCUAUUAAGAAAAGAAAAAGAUUUCAAAAAAAAAGUUCCACCCUGGGAAAUGAAGUUACAGGGAUUUGAGCUGUCUGAUGUGGAUGCUGGGAAUAUUUAACUUCACUGCAGGGCCAUCUCUCCCGUGCCAUUGUGAUUUCUGUUUCAACCUCAGAUCCCUUCUAUCUAUUGCUGUGACAAGACGUUAUGACUAUGACAACUCUCAUAAAGGAUAGCACUUAAUUGUGGUGGCUGGCUUACAGUUCAGCGGUUCAGUCCAUUAUCAUCAUGGCAGGACAUGGCCGUGUGCAGGCAGACAUCGUGCUGGAGAGGGAGCCCAGAGGUCUACAUCUCGUACAGGCAACAAGAAGUAGACUGGGACCUCAAAGCAUGCCUCCACAGUGGCCCACUUCCUCCAACAAAGGCACACUUUCGAAUACUGCCGCUCCCUUUGGGGUCCUUUCAGACCAUCACACCUAGGAAGUUCUAAGGCGGGGAAGCAUUUGUCUGAUGACCUUAAAAUCCAGCAGCAGCUUCACAUCUGUUCACGGAAGUGGAUGUUGUGAGAGGGGUUUGAGUAGCAGCCUGCACCUCCUGUUUCAAGAUGUCACUGCACCAUGGCUUGGUUGGCACACAAGCCUAGCACUCAGGAGACAGAUUCAGGAGUAUUACCACAAGUUCAAGACCAGCUUGGGCUAAGUUGCAAAUAUAAGGCCAUCAAGUAGGACCCUGUUUAGGUUUUUGUUUAUUUGUUUGUUUUCAAGAUGUCACUGGAUUUGACACCAGAGGAAAUGGUGCUCCUGGUCAUUAAAUCCUAGAGUCGUCCUGCAGCGACCCAGCGACACCUCACCCAUAAUUUACCCCUUAGUAUAUGAGGCUUCCCUUACUGCGCUCAUCCCAAGUACAUAGUAUCAUCCCUCUCCCAUCAUCUACCCAGAAAAGCCUCCUUUUCCAACUUUUUUCCAACAAUUCUAUCUAUUCCUGUCCUUGCCGCCUGCGCAUGGGAGGGUCAGCAGCUGGAAAUACUUCUGUCACUGCACACCAGUCCACAUCACCACAGGCCACUGGGACAGGGAGCAGAGAGCCUACCCCCUCAUCCUCUAGCUGCAGCCAAUCAAAAUGUCUGCACACUGCUCAUCCAUUUUAGGCCUAAUAUCUCUGUUCUCCACACUUACACUUAGGAAACCCCCCAAGAGAAGUGUGGGUGGGCGUGGCCAUCUGAGGACUUCAGAGAUAACAAGGUUAGGGGGUCUCUAGGAAAUGUCUUACACCCAGGAAUACUUUCUUGGCCCAGACUCUGAAAUUGUCUGAGGUGCCGAUUGGCUAGGGUGACCCUGAAAAAGAUGUGGUACACACGCGUCUGAUCCCUGCACUUAGGAGGCAGUGGCAGGUGGACCUCUGUGAGCCUGAUCUACAUUGUGAGCUCCAGGCCACCAGAGUAUGUAGUGAGACUUCUCUCAAAGACAGGGAGGGAUGGGCUAUGUGUGGAAAUGCGGGGCUCCUGGCCUUCAGAGCAGCCCUGCAGUGGCCAGGUCUAGGCUAGAGUGGUGGUAGUACCCUCAAGGGCACAGCAGUGAUCUCAUGGCUGACACCCUCAAGGAAAGCAAGACUCCAGCUCACCGGGACUCCAGAAUACUUUCUGGCAUCCAAUGGGCAGUAGGUCCCCUAAGCUGGAGAGGAAGACAGUGAUAUCUGGGAUUCCCUCACCAGAACUGGGCCUGGAAGUUGAGAGCGAGAUGUAGGCAGCCUUUGUCCUGAGAAAAUGUCAGCUACUGAAGCCAGCCCAGGCCACUCAUGGCCUCCCAAGUGCUGUGGACGGACAGGACCAUGGCCUGCUAUUCUCUGCAGAAUUUGGUGUUGACGGUACUUGAAAGGGCUCUAGCCCACUGGAGCAUGUGGUUUUGGCUGACCUUGUCCUUCCUCCUCCCCCAUUCCCUCCACCUAGCUAAAAAACCAUUAGAUUAUAUCUCUAAAGCUAAGCCAUCAAGGUGUAUUCCCAUACUUGGACACUUUCUUAUGCCAGAUUCACUCCCAAGGAUGAGUACCAGAGUCCAGCAAUCAAAAGCCUUUGGUUCACAUAAUUAACAUUCCCAAUCAAAAUACACCAUCAAUUCUAACACAGACCUCCCCUUUCUCCAAGGUCGUUUGUUGCUGUUUUCUGACUCGGGCACUUUCACUUUUCUU